AAUCCUCUAGCCCUAUAAAUACAGUGACACUGCAGCCGCUGGAAGCCUCUGACAGCUCCGCCUCCGAGGAGCCUCUGCCCUCCCCGGGGAUCCGGGCCACCUGCCGCCACCAUGAGGGUCCUCUACCUGCUACUGCUGACUCUCGGCCUCCUCUUUUCGCAGCUGGCCACAGGUGUUAACCUGCUUACGGGUCUCGGCCAGAGGUCCGACCACUACAAAUGUGUCAAGAAAGGGGGCACCUGCAACUUCUCCCCCUGCCCGCUCUUCAACAGGAUUGAAGGCACCUGUUACAGUGGAAAAGCCAAGUGCUGCAUCCGUUGACUCUGAGCUGGAGCAUGGGCAGAGGGGACCCAGAAGCCAAAUCUACACAUGAGGGAUGCAGGGGGUCCACGUGAGACUAAGGACACCUGAUGACGAGAUGACACAGCUUCAGGCCUCCCUCUGUCCCAGCGGAAGUUCACCCCUGAUUCAGCGGUCUCAGCUGCCUGCCCAUCUGCAGAGGCCAGAACCGCUGCCCUUUCUCCUCCCUGGGCCGGGGGCAGUGGGUUGUGGGUUGGUUAACCUCAGCAUCUGAGGAGCUUCGCUAGGACCAUAAAGCUAUUCCUAUUUCACUCUGUAGGCCUAAUAGUAGGGUUCCUGGGUGACCAUUCUUCACUCCAGCACAAUCACGUGGUCUAUUUACAUGUCACUUAGAAAAGCAUCCUCUACGACCACUGCCCCUGCCUUUCAUCAUGUCUGCACCAUUAGUCCUGUAGACACCCACUGAUGGGGAAGAAGGGGUUGCCUUCCCUUUUUUCCAAUAAAUUUCUUACAACUCCUGAUGAUA